CGGGGACAGCACGGCAGCGGCCGCUCAGUGUCGCGGGAGCCGGACCGCGCAGGCCCGUCCCGGCGGCCCGGGGGGCGCCAUGUGGUUCAUGUACGUGCUGAGCUGGCUGUCGCUGUUCAUCCAGGUGGCAUUCAUCACUCUGGCCGUCGCGGCUGGACUGUACUACCUUGCAGAGCUGAUUGAAGAGUACACGGUGGCCACCAGCAGAAUCAUCAAAUACAUGAUCUGGUUCUCCACAGCAGUGCUGAUCGGCCUCUACGUCUUUGAGCGCUUCCCCACCAGCAUGAUUGGCGUGGGCCUUUUCACCAACCUCGUCUACUUUGGCCUUCUCCAGACCUUCCCCUUCAUCAUGCUGACAUCACCUAACUUCAUCCUGUCAUGCGGGCUAGUGGUGGUGAACCAUUACCUGGCAUUUCAGUUUUUUGCGGAAGAAUAUUAUCCUUUCUCUGAGGUCCUGGCCUACUUCACAUUCUGCCUGUGGAUAAUCCCGUUUGCUUUCUUCGUGUCACUCUCGGCUGGGGAGAAUGUCCUGCCCUCCACCAUGCAGCCAGGCGGUGAGGAAGGGCUUCUUAAGUCAGAUGACGUGGUCUCCAAUUACUUCACCAAAGGCAAGCGAGGCAAGCGCUUAGGCAUCCUGGUUGUCUUCUCCUUCAUCAAAGAGGCCAUCCUACCCAGUCGGCAGAAGAUAUACUGACCCUUUGGGGAGGGCAUGUGGGGGGCAAGACCAAUAGAGCCAGGCCCCUGGGACUCUGGGCUAAUAGUGCUGGGGCGCCUGGAGGGCGUCUUCUGCCAGCCCAGGUUUCCCUCCCCUCUGUUCUGAAGCCCCAUCCCCACCCUCCUCAGGAGGCUUGAAUGCUGCCAGGGGCACCAGAGAGGGUAGCAGAGCCUGCUAUGCCAGGAGGCUAUGUCCCCAGCCCUCCCCUCUCCAGAGUUGGGUCUGGUCAGAUGGGGCAGGCAGGGAAGCGUCUAUGAAGGUAGGGAACUGACAGCAAGUUCUCAGGCAGGUGACCAUAGGGAGGAGCUGAAGAUCGGCACUUCCAGAAAAAGUGCAUUUUGCUGUUGAAUUGUGGGCCUUGUCCAAUGCUGAUUCCCUUUUGAAUAAAGAUUCUAGGCGGCACUGUUUGCCUUAACACCCCAGGAGUUCAUCUUCUCUGCCUGCUAACCUUCUGCCUAGACUGGGCUAGCCUGCGCUAGGGACUCCUCUUCUGCCUCUUGCCCUUCUGAAGGGAUUCUCGUGCCCCUAAGUGGGAAGGGAACAGAGACGAGAAUGAGUGAGCAAAGGCAGAUUUUCUGAGGCUUCUCCUUCUUUCCGUGUCUCCUCCCUGAGACUGUGAUAGUCCAGAGUGGGGGAGGGGGUAGAAAGUUUAUGGCUGGGUUAGAGAUGCAGACCGUCUACAUAAUAUCCUAUUUAUGUCUUCCUUUGAGAAAAAGGAGAGAUUUCUUGGUAAAUUCUAUCUCAGGCUCAAUAUAAAAAUAAGCAUUGGCUUCUAGGCAGCCUAGGCUGUGGCCUGUUUCUUGAGAAAUGGGGCUGGGAAAGGCUGCCACUCAGAGCACACAGGCCUCACACUCACCUGCGCUUCUGGCUCCUGGAGGGACUUGAGCUCUGUCUUCUAAGAAGGUGGGCCUCAUCCCGGGCACAGACCAGCAUCUGUUGACCUUGCACUCCAGCUACAUACAGUGCCUUGCAGGGGCUCACAGUCCAUGGAGUGAAGGCCCCUCCCCUGACCAUACCUCACAGUGAGUCUGGCAGGUGCCAAGAUAGACAAAGCCUGGGGAAGGCCCCAGCUGGUGAACAUCUUCUUUCUCAUGCAUCCAUCAUCACAUUGGCUCUUGCAUUUUUGUCAAGUCUUGGCCUGCCGUUCCUUGAAUUUGUCUUGCAGCUACAGGUGAGAUGGCCAAACCAAUUUCUGCCACUCAGCUGGGUAAGGGACAUAGGCUGCUGCCCGCCGUGGGCUCAGGCUGGCCCACUUGUUUUGCUGUUCAGUUUAUCUUUGUUCAGACGGCUUUCCCAGGCCAACCCUGGUAGGCUCAUCACGCAUCACCUGCUGGGCCUUGGUGGAGCGGGAGGGGGCGGCACAGCUGAUGGUCUGCUUCUUGACUCACGUUUCUCAGUACUGGUGUGACUGUUGUCCCUUUACCUCUGUCCUUUCAGUCUCUGUUAUAUAGGCUUCUUUCUUGCCCUGUGCACACAGGGGCUCCUUGGCUGUCUUGUGGAUGUCCUCAGGAAGUGCAGCUGUGCUAGUGGCUUUAGGGAUGCUGUGGAGGAAGCCAGGGCCAGCCUUCAGUCCCAGCUACUUCUUAACCACAGUUCUGCUGCCUUCUGGGCACAGAGACAGUUUGAGCUCAGCAUCCACUCCGUUCACCUGCUCUUUGACACCUGUCUCUGGUCUCGAUGGCUCAGGAGCCAGGCCGGGUACUGCUUUCUCUUUCUGCCCUAUGCCUAACUGAUCUGCUCUCUGUAUUUGAGUCACCCUACUGUCAUCUCUCACCUCAUUUGUUUUGACAGUUUCCUGUAUUUAUCCUUUGACCAGCUGGGGUUCUUUCUGAAAUGCACAGUUGGCUGAGUCUUUUCUGCCCACCAACUCUCCCCAGCUCUCCACUGCCCUUAGGAUAAAGUCCAGACUCCUUAGUGUGGUGUAUGAGGCUCCUGGGUCCCUAUUAGCUUCAUCACUCAGCCUCCUGUAUGCAGAGACUAUGGCUCUAGCUGCUUUGAUUCCCUUCCUUCCACUUACUUUGCCACUUUUCCUCGGAGAUUUUAUUCCUUCCAAGGAGCCUCGAAUGUCCCCUCUCCUUCCCUAACCCCAGCUACCACACAGAUCCUUCUAGGCCUGCGAUAUGGUCUGCCCUGCUCCCCUACUAGACUGGAAGCUCCUCGAGGGCAGGGAAAGCCCUUGGGGUUUUUAUUAUCUACUACCUGAUUUUGGCGCCUGGCCCGAGGAAGGCACUCAAUAAAUGUUUUGUUUAAAGAGUGA